UUUUUUUUUUUUCUUAUACAUAUAUUAUAUAACAAUGUCAACCAAAGUACGGGAACUCUUAGCUGCAAAAGCAGCUAUUAAAGCAGCUGCUGAAACAAUGCCUGAAGGACAAAAAGUAGUAGCACAGUUUAAAACAGAAGACGGCGAGUCAACUGGACCUCCUUUGAAUCUUCCAGCAGAUGUCUCACCUGAACAAUUGGAAUUACUUUUGAAUCAACUCUUGAAUCAGUCUGAUGAUCCUUUACCUUAUACUUUUUAUGUGGGUGACGAUGAAAUCCGUAAAAAUUUAUGGACUGAUCGUAAAGACAAAUCAACCGAAGAUACCAUUACCAUUGUUUAUCAACCUCAGGCUAUAUUCCGAGUACGAGCUGUUACUCGUUGUACUUCUACACUCACUGGUCAUACGGAAGCUGUUUUAUCAGUUUCUUUCAGUCCUAAUGGUACCCAAUUAGCUACAGGUUCAGGUGAUAUGACAGUACGGAUAUGGGAUUUGAAUACAGAAACUCCUCAACACACACUCAAAGGACACACUGGCUGGGUUCUCAACAUUGCUUGGUCACCCGACGGUAAAGUUUUGGCAUCAGGCAGUAUGGACAACACUGUACGUUUAUGGGAUGCGAAAACUGGCAAACAAAUAGGUACCGGACUUCGUGGACAUACCAAAUGGAUCACUAGUUUGGCUUGGGAGCCUUAUCACUUGAAUACAAAGGUCAAUCGAUUAGCAAGUUCUUCUAAAGAUGGCACUGUACGUGUAUGGGAUACAGUGUUAAGGAAAAUGGUGUUCAAUAUUGCUCAACAUACAGCUGCAGUCACUUGUGUUAAAUGGGGUGGUGAAGGUUUGAUCUAUACAGCUUCACAAGACAAAACAAUUAAGGUAUGGAACUCACAAGGGAUGUUGGUCAAGACUUUACAAGGUCAUGGUCAUUGGGUCAAUACUUUGGCUCUUAGCACUGAUUUUGUUUUACGUACUGGACCUUUUGAUCAUACGGGAAGACGCUAUGAUACCGAAGAAGAAGCCAAAGCUGCAGCUCUUGCUAGAUACAAAACAGCAAAAGGAAAUGGACAUGAACGACUUGUUUCUGGCUCAGAUGACUUUACCAUGUUCUUUUGGGAACCUGAAACCAGCAAAAAACCAUUGACAAGAAUGACAGGACAUCAAAAGUUGGUAAACCAUGUUAGCUUUUCACCUGAUGGACGAUAUUUUGCAAGUGCUUCAUUCGACAAUUCUGUCAAGUUAUGGGAUGGUUUGACUGGUAAAUUUAUUGGUAAUCUUCGUGGACAUGUUGGAGCUGUAUAUCAAGUAUGUUGGUCAAGUGAUUCUCGUAUGUUGGCAAGUUGUAGCAAAGAUACAACAUUGAAGAUUUGGGAUAUUAAGAAGAUGAAGAUUAAGAUGGAUUUACCCGGUCAUUUAGAUGAAGUCUAUGCACUUGAUUGGUCUCCUGGUGGUGAUAAGAUGGGUAGUGGUUCCAAGGACAAGACACUUCGAAUUUAUAGACAUUAGUUUACUCUUUAUUAUUAGAAUCAUUUGCAUCACUUUUUUUUUUAUAAUUAUAUUUAUUGUCAUCUC